CACUUAUUCGCGUGAGGGUCGCCGGGUUAAAGCCGACACCCGCUGCCUCCACACCGGUCCGAGCGCACCGCACCUCCACGCGCAGCCCCCCCGGCCCCACGCCCCCCGAACCCGCCGAGUCUCCCUCCGGAGCGACGAUGGCCGAGAGCCCGCAAUGCUUCUACUGCCGAGAGGACCUCGGGGGGAAGAGGUUCGUCCGCAACGAAGGCAGGCCGGUGUGCGUCCGCUGCCACACCAAGUUCUGCGCCAACUCCUGCGCCGAGUGCCGUCGGCCCAUCCCCGUGGAAUCAAAGGAGCUCAGUCAUAAGGGCCGGUACUGGCAUGAGGAGUGUUUCCGCUGUGCCAAGUGUUACAAGCCUCUGGCCAAGGAGCCCUUCAGCACCAAAGACGACCGCAUCAUGUGCGGGAAGUGCUGCUCCAGAGAGGACGCUCCACGCUGCCACGGCUGCUACAAAGCCAUACCGGCUGGUACAGAGAGCGUGGAAUACAAAGGGAACUCGUGGCACGACGAAUGCUUCACCUGUUUCAGCUGUAAGCGACCAAUCGGAUCGCUGAGUUUCCUGUCCAAAGGGAGUGACGUCUACUGCAACCCCUGCUAUGACAAGAAGUUCGCCAAACUCUGCGUCUGCUGCAAAAAGGCUAUAACCUCUGGAGGAGUGAACUACCAGGACCAGCCGUGGCACGGACACUGUUUUGUGUGCAGUUCCUGUUCAAAGCCUCUGGCAGGGUCCAGUUUCACCAAACACGAGGACCAGGUCUUCUGUGUCGACUGCUACAAGAGCUGCGUGGCGAAGAAAUGCAGCGGCUGCCAAAACCCCAUCACAGGUUUUGGUAAAGGAGUGAACGUGGUGAAAUAUGAAGGCAGCUCCUGGCAUGAAUACUGCUUCAACUGUAAGAAGUGCUCCCUCAGUCUGUCCAACAAGCGCUUCGUAGCCAAUGGGAAAGAGAUCCUCUGCUCCGACUGUGGCAACAAGUAGAGCUGGACAGAGUUGGGCAUUUCCUAACGGGUUUAUAUCGUCUUAUGUUUUCUUUAUCUUUGCAAUGAAGUCAGUCUUCAUUUCAAUAUUCUCUUGAUUCCUAAAAGGACUUUUUGGGAGAUUGCCGACAAAAUUAAUCAAAAUUAGUGUUAUUUGAGUUGGCUGUUGAUCAUUUUUUUUGCUCCAAACAAUCAAACAUUGACAAGUGAUGCACCAGCUUUGUCUUCAAAAGAUCAUUAGUACGUUGCAAAGCGUACAUUUGUUUUGGAACAUAGUACUAAAAAACACAUAUUAAACAAAAUACAAAAAAUGUGUGUUGAACUAAUUAAAAGAGAACAUUUUUCUGUGAAUUGGAUCAGUUCCCUACAGCUAAAAUAAAUGAGCAGCAGAUCAAGGCAUUGAAUACCUAAAAUACAAAAAGUAGAUAUAAUGAUGCUGCAUUAAUGGUCAUGUUUUCCUUUUUUAAUGAUCUAACAGUUGUGUGGUUCAACGUUUCAACACAGUGAAUGCUAAUGUUCUGUUUCCAUACAGUAAAACUAUUAUCUGUUAUUAAAAAAUGGCUUAUUUUAAUGGUUUUAAUACUUACUUGCUUUUUCUAUUUUUUUAAGGGGAUACUUUAAUAUGACCAGAAACAAUAAAUGAUUUUUGUAAUUACGCAGUCAUUUCUAGGGGAUUGCUAUGCUUUUUGUAUGUUUCGAGUAAAUAAACUUAUUUGCACUUUUUUAAUACGUUCUCCCUUCAAGAAAAGGGGACAUUUAAAUAUGUGAUUGGAAUAUAUUACAUAUACUCCCUGAUUUGUUGCUAAAACAAAAUAAAUCUUAUACAAAAGUGA